AUGAACCUUUGUAAGCUGAGCUUCAACCUCUGAAAUCCACGGGCGAGCCAUACUAUUGUCCUGCAGUUGCCACUUCUGCAGGCGAGUCUUCUUCGCCUGCAACUCCGGUACAGAUGGUACCGUGUCAGUUCAAGCUAUUUGCAGUUGCAGCCAAGAUUCUUGAUAGUCUCCACGACUUUCAGAGUCGUCAUGCGUACGUAUCUUAGCUGUCUACAAGUUGUUAUGAUGCGGCUACCGCAUACAAUGACGAAACCAAUAGCUGGGAGUUAUCUGUCAUUGACUUUAAAUCAAAUUCACAGUACGCUUCAUUGAAGUUCUAGAUAGCAGUGCCCUUGCUGCUGGUGCCUUCGACAACGUUACCUACGAUACCCUUGGGGAUUGGAUCUACGCUGGAUGGCAAUUAUAUGAGGAUACAUUGCAAACUACGUGGGGCGAUAUUACACCAUUCCGUGCAGCAGGCGGCAAAGUCCUCCAGUUCCAUGGUGAGGCAGACAACAGGACCCCUCUUGCCUCGUCUGUCCAUCAUCACAAAUCUGUCCGCUCUAUCAUGUAUGCAACAUAACUUUCAAUGAAAGUAAUGAAGGAAUUGCCAACUGGCAUUGGCCUUUCGUUGUCCCUGAAGAGCUUAUAGCGAUAUCAAUCCCUACCAACUAAAUGCAUCUUUCCCUCAAACAAAUCUCGCCUUCUUAAUCGGCACGAUCGAGAAUGACAACACACCAACUACUUUCAAUGCCACCGUGCUCAAAGGAGAAUUCCAGGGCAGACAAGAGAAUUUGCCCUUUGCAUUUGAGCCUCAUGUGGUCGAACAAUGGAACUACGAUGGCAUUCGAAUACAAUCAAGCUCAUAUGGUUCGUGGAUCUACUCUAGAUUGCGCGAAACGAACUAG